CCGGAGGUUGAAGAGAUGAUGAAGGAUACCACGGAUUUGAUUUAACCAACGGUGACUGCUCAGGAGAAUAUCUCGAGUCAGAACCAUAGGGUAAAUCAUGAUGGAAAGAGGAAGGGGAAAGAAACUAUGUCACAGGAGAUAGGAGUUAAGGUGACAGAGAAACAAGGAGCCUCUACCUCAACGGUGCCAAAAGCACCGGCGGGACAACACAAGGCUAGUGAUGGCCCUAGUAGGCUAACGACGAAGACAACCGAACAGCGACCGGGUCACACAAAAAACCCCUCUACAGGAGAAUACUCAAGCUCCGAGGGAGGUAAGGAGGUAUUGCAACGGAAGGAAUGGGGUCAUCGUGGGAAACCGCCGGACAUACACACUGACCUCAACCCACCACCACGUUGCAUGCAUGAGACCGACGUGAGAGAGGAAAUUCUUCCUUGUGAAGCAAUAGUGAAGAUGGUAGAUGGCCUUGGCUCCAAGGCAUCUCCUGUCUAACUCCCGAUGAAGCAACUGUGACCUACUAUUCCUUGUUUUCAAUGAUCAAAAUCUUUGUAUGGAAUUGUAGGGGUGCAGGGAGCAAACGCUUCCUGAGAGUGUUUAAGGAGUAUCGUAGAAAGAACCGUCUGAGUAUUACCAUUCUAGUGGAACCUAGAAUUAGUGGAAGCAGGGCCAAAAAAGUGAUUCAGGAGCUGGGGUUUGAUGAAAACCUGGCGGUGGAUGCGGUAGGGUAUUCAUGAGGUAUUUGGGUGGUUUGGGAUUCUAGCAUGGUCACGAUCACGAAAUCUGAUAGAGCUGCUCAGUUUCUACAUGCCUGAGUCCAAUAUGGGCAAGCACACUGGUUACAGACAGCAGACUAUGCAAAUCCUGCGCUAGUGCAACAACGUGAGCUGUGGAACUCCCUUCGCGUGAUGGCGGAAGAGAUUACAGAGCCGUGGAUAUUGGCUAUGGAUUUUAACUCGAUCCUCCAACCUGCCGAUAACUUGGGUAGUGCACCCUUCGAUGCUGCUCGUGCUCGAGAAUUUUAGGAUUGCUUAUUGGAUACGGGGUUGAUUGAUUUAGGGUUCACAGGGCCUCCAUAUACGUGGCUUCGAUCGGGUGUUAAGGAGUUCCUAGAUAGAAGCUUAGUAAACUCAACAUGGUCUAGCAUCUUCCCGCACACGCUGGUUAGUCACCUUCCUAGGAUCUGAAGUGACCAUAGACCAAUUCUUAUAACAGUGGAUCCUUCUUUCCAUCCUGUCGGCCCUAAGCCCUUUAAGUUCUUGGAGGCUUGGCUAACCCAUGAGGGGUUUAAGGGUAUGAUGGAGAGAGCCUGGGCACGAGGCAGUGAUCUAGUUUCAGCCAUCGUAUAAUUUACCGGGGAGGCUACGCAUUGGAACCAACAUGAGUUUAGUAAUAUUAUGCAAAGGAAGAAUAAACUGCUCAACGGGAUUGGGAGAUUAGAGCAACGGGGCGGUGGAGAUGAUGAUGGCCCGAGGCUUCGACAAGCACAUGCUGAACUGGAAGAUGUUCUUCUUCAAGUGGAGCUUCUCUGGUGCCAAAAAUCAAACUUGGAGUGGAUUGUCUCAGCUGAUAGGAACACUCGAUACUUCCACUCUCGGACCAUUAGUAAUGAUCUCAAGUGGAUUGAUAAUUUUAUUGAAUAGUUAAAUUAACCAAAAUUUUAAUUUAUAUAUUAUAUUAAUAUUGUCAUGAUCUCAAGUGACCUUCGUGUUUCAAUUUUUGUAAUUUUCUUAAAAUACGUAAUAUCAAGUGAGUUUCAUAUUUUUUAAAUUUCUUAUACAAAGCGAAAAAAUAAUUUUACUUAAGUUUA